AUGGCCAAUCGCAAUAAGUUCACCAGCGUUAACCUUAACAACUCCUUCGGAAAGCAAAGCUCGAGUCAGUCACAAGGCGGAAGCGGCCAUGGCGGCGGGAAAUUCGGAAAAUCUGCGUCUUCGGGUGGAAUGGUCAUCUUGGGGAAAACAGGACCUGGGUCAACGUCGAUGGGAUCUGCACAUAAGUCACGGCUAGUCGUUCCUAAACCGGUAAACUUGCCGUCUUUGCGGCGAGAGCACGCAGGAAACGACCCAUCAGUGUCCCUCGUCCAACCCACCGGCAUUGGAUCCGGCUGGCAGAAACCUGUCCUCGUUUCAGACGGAUCCGCUAAUGAUUCCUCGUCCUCCAAACCACUGGGGUCCACGUCAUCGCCCUCUGACGUCAAUGCUGCUCCUGGACAGCACGGAUUCCAAUCUUCCGCAAUUUCCGCAGCAGAUUCCGGCGAUGCUUCCCGUGCCUCUCGUCCGGGAGUGUAUCAACCCCCAGGAGCUAGAACCGGAGUCGGAAUGGCAACUGCAGCACCUUCCGCGAAACCUGCUCCUCCCGGGCGGCAGAACGAGCCAUCCAUCAUUAGCGGGGAGGAUUUCCCGUCGCUUGAAGCUGCCAAGAAGGUGCUGACGAAGGAGCACUCUCGGGGAAAGAGCCCCCAGCCGCCUAUACCCUCGGGUGGGAGCUUUGGUAAUAAAACGGACGCUUCAGCGGAACACGACAACGGUCGCCGAAGCAGCGUCGCAGGGCAGGAGACAGGAGCGGGGCCAGAAAGCACGGGCAGCCGAAGCAGCAGGGGAGGUACGGGAGCUAUGGGAGGUUUGGGAGGUAUGGGAGGAGGUAUGGGACGUUGGGCGGACGACGAGCCUGAUCAAGAGGACGAUCGAGCGCCUCUUGGGAAAUCGUCGUUAAGUCGAGACAGACAAGAGGAGCCGAAUUUUCCUCCUCGCGGGUCCGGCGACGGCGGGCCUUUGCGACCGGAUCCGUUCGCCGGGCCCAUGCGACCGGAUCCGUUUCGCCUGCCGUCGCCGCCCCGUCGCAUGUGGGCCGACGACGAGCGAGAUUCGGGUCCUCCUCGCGGCGGCCCUGGUCCGAGAGGGAACGCGCCUGGUUACUAUGGCGAUUCUAGGGGCCCUGCUGAUUCCAGAGGGCCGGGUCCUGGCGGGUACUUCGACGAAAGGGGUGGGCGGGACGCAGGAGGGUUUGGGGGGCCGGGGCAGUGGGACGGGCCGCCUCCUUAUGGCAUGGGAGCAGGGCACAUGGGUCCAGGCCCGAUGGGUCCAGGUUCAACGCAUCCAGGCGCUAUGGGCCCUGACCCGAUGGGUCCAGGUUCGAUGAAUCCAGGUGCGAUGGGCCCAGGGCAGAUGGGCAGGGGGAGGGGGUAUAGAGAUGGGCCGCCAGGGGCAGGUAUGGGGCGUGGGGGGCGUGGCGGCGGUGGUGGGGGUGGUGGAAUUGGAGGGCCUGGAUAUCAGCCUGAUUUCGACCGCUUCGGCCCGGGAUUUCCGGGGCGGGGAGGCGGAUUUGGCGGCGGAUACGGCGGCGGAUUCGGCGGCGGUUUUGGUGGUGGCCGUGGUGAUCUGCAUUCGCGGUCGUUCGGCCCGGGGGGAGUGCGUGAGCGAGAGAGGUUUAUGGGAGGUGAUGUGUUCGGUGACGUGUCAUUGCCGCGGCCGGAGUUCCAGUCGUUGCCACGUGUCGGCGUGGAGCCGCCUUCUAGCCUGGCUCUCCUUGCGCUGUCGCGGAAAAAGAAGGAGGAAGCGGAAGCCGCCGCCGCCGCCAGCGAAUUCCGCGAUUUGGAGCGGGAGAGGUUCGAGGCGGAACUAGAAAGGGUGCAGAAUCAAAAGGAGCAGGAGAAACAGAGGAAGGAGGAGGAGGAGCAGCGAGCUAUGGAGAUGGCGCGGCAGCAGGAGGAGGAGAUGGUGCGGAAAGCGCGGGAGGAGGAGGAGAUGCGCGCGCGCGCGGAGCAGGAGGCGCGGGAGGCGGAACUGCGCGCGCAGAUGGAGGCGGAAGCCGCCGCGCGGAGGCUGGAGGAGGAGCGGCGGAAGGUGCAGGAGGAGAAGCAGCGGAUUCGGGACGAGGAGGAGAGGCGAAAGGAAAACGCGAGGAAGAAACUGCAGGAACUGGAGGAGAGAAUUGCGAGAAGACGAGCGGAGGAGGAGGCGAGACGAGCGGAAGGGGGAGGCGACGGGGAGGGAGAUUUGAAGGAGGAGCAGGAGCAGGAGAGGGAGCAAGAGCAGGUGGCAGAUAGCUGGGAAGAUUCGGAUAGGACAGACGCUGCACCAGACGCGACAGAAGCAGCGGCAGCUGGCGGUAAGGCAGAAGUGGCAGCGGGUAGGGCGGACGGGCAGGUGUUAGGCGACGUGGUUGGCGGAACGGAAGGCUCGGAAACUGUGAAGCAGGAGAUAUUGGAUCAGGCGGGGGCGGAGGCUGGAAGCUUGGAGGAUGGCCAGGGGAACGCAAGGCGAGGGGAAGGGAAGUCGGCGGGAGAAGGCGCGGGGUUAGGGCAAGUGACGGCGGAAGCGGAAAGCGCAGCGGAGAAGCAGGAGCGCGGGGGAGCAGAGGCGCACAACGAGCAGCAGGAGCAGCAGCGUGAACAGCAGCCGCAGCAGCAGCAGGCGGCGGCGGCGGCGGCGGCGGCGGGGGAAGCGGCGGAGCAGAACAAGGAAAGCGCGCCGGAGCUUCCCCCUGGCGCGGAGUUGCGCGGAAUGGAUCCGUACCAUGCGCCAUACCCCGCUAGGCACCCCGGCGCAGGUCCCAUGCUCUCCUCCUUCGCCUACAAUCAACCGCUCGCCCGCUAUCCUGGGUCGCACAUAGACUCGCACGGGUCGCUUGAGCGGUAUCUAGGCGACAGGCAACAGGAUAUGUGGGGAGUGGGGGGUAUGGGGGAGAUGGGCGGGAUUGGGAGGGAUUUUGGUGGCGCGGGGGGGAAUGGCGGGGAAUUAGGGUUUGCGCCUUGGAAAAUGCACCAGCAGUUUUUUCCCCCAGGGAUGAUUGGCCCUGGGGGGGGGUUCCCCGAUGCCACGUCAGCAGACGUGGUGGACGAGCUCGGUGCACUUCUCGCCUCGAAACUCGAGGUCGACGCUCAAGACCAAUCCAAUGCAGCGGCAUCGAAAUUAUCUCCCUCCGCCACGUCAGAUGCUGACGUCACCGCGGCUGCCACGUCAUCAGUCACCGCCACUUUGCCAGGUGGCAGAACCAGUGGAAUCACGCCGUCCACCUCCCCCAGUCCGCACCUCCCCUCAGCCUCUGCUACCUCUCUCACCCCCAUCGCCCCUGCAGCUUCCUCCCCUGUUUCCCGAUCUCCCAUUGGUCCAGACGUAUCUGUGGGGCUAUCCUCUCCUUCCCAGUCCCUUCCUCAGACCCUCGCCCCAUCUCUCCCCCAAUCCCUGCCCCCUACUCUUCCCCCAACCCUCCCCCCACACGCCAUUGACACGUUCGGGUCUGCCUCUUCCUCAUACCCGUCUGUGUCAUCCGCGUUUGUGUCUGCUUCGUCAUCUUCACAGGGAAUUCCGUCUGUGGCACAGUCAGGAGUGGCCCCUUAUAUGAUCCAAAUCGGCUCCAUGCCCAUUCCUUUCAGCAUGGGCUCUCUCGGGCAGGAUGAAAACAAUUCCGGCUCUCAGCUGCCCGUUUUCCAGUUCGGGCAGAUCGGCGUGCCAGCGUCGUCACCUUCCCCGAUCCUGGAUGGAUCGAUGGCCGAGGCUCUUUUAGCCAAGCCAAAUCCACCGAAGCAUCACCAAUAUCAUCCUCCCAGCUCCCAUUCCUCCCAUUUCUUUCGACUGAUUCUCUCGCGCUCGUUUUCCCUAAUCUCGUCUCCAUUUUCAUUCUCUUCCAAGAAGCUUUCUCGUUUGCGCAAGCCUCGCGAAAUGGCGGACGGUCCCCCGACUAGACAAUGGACCACUGGCUGCUGUGGCUGCUUCGACGACAUAUGCGCAAGCUGUUGCGUUCUCUGGUGUCCCUGUGUCGCCAUUGGCCGAAUCGCUGAGAUUGUUGACCAGGGAGAGACAAGUGCCUGCCAGGGGUGUUGCUGCUGGUACUGGAUCCAAGCUUUCACAUUCAGUACCCUUGGGUGCCUCUAUUCCAAGGGUUUCCGUACAAAGUUGCGAAGGAGGUACGGCCUUCCAGCAGCACCGUGCGGCGACUGCUUGAUGCACUGGUGUUGCCCCUGCUGCGCCGUCUCCCAGGAGUACCGCGAGCUGAAGAACCGCGGCUGGGAUCCAUCGCUGGGUUACCAGGAAAACAAGAACAAGAAUCCGCCUCCCCAGCAGUUUAUGGGUUAA